UCUCUGUCAACUCAGCGUUUGUUCCACGCGGAGUUUGAUCAGCCGGUGUACAGAAGGACGAUCGUAAGGUUCAAAAGGCGUACCAAGCAGAUCUAAAAUGUCGGAAACUGCAGGAAAGGUCAUCGAAUGUAAAGCCGCUGUGGCAUGGGAGGCCAAGAAGCCGAUGGUGAUUGAGGACAUCCAGGUUGCACCUCCUAGAGCAGGUGAAAUCCGAAUCAAGAUUUUGAACACGGGUGUGUGCCACACUGAUGCUUAUGUCCUCGACGGGUUCGAUCCGGAGGGUAUAUUCCCUGUGGUCCUGGGCCACGAGGGUGCCGGUGUAGUAGAGAGCGUGGGUGAGGGAGUCACUAGUGUCGAAACAGGCGAUCAUGUUAUUCCGCUGUACAUACCUCAAUGCUACGAUUGUAAAUUCUGCAACAGUAAAAAGACAAACUUGUGUGGAAGAAUCAGAUCCACACAGGGAGCCGGUUUGAUGCCAGAUGGAACGUCACGUUUCACAUGUAAGGGAAAGACACUGUUCCACUUCAUGGGCUGUAGUUCCUUCAGCCAGUAUACAGUGGUAGCUGAAAUCUCCGUCUCCAAGAUUGUUCCUGAAGCACCCCUGGAGAAAGUCUGUCUGUUGGGGUGUGGCAUCUCCACGGGAUACGGAGCGGCUCUCAAUACGGCUGGAGUGGAAAAAGGCUCUACGUGUGCUGUGUGGGGGCUAGGAGCCGUUGGAUUGGCUGUCAUGAUGGGAUGUAAAAGGGCUGGUGCAUCUCGUAUCAUUGGCAUUGACAUCAAUCCUGAAAAGUUUGAACUAG